GUCGUCUCCGCCGCUUCCGCCACCACCGUUUCCACCGUCAAACAGAAAGCCCAGCAGUCCAUGCGAUGUGUCAUUGAAUUUUGAAUCACUGUUGACAGUGUCGGUGAAUCGUAUACAACGUGCUCCGCGCUCUCGUUCCUCGUUUCUCGGCGCAAUGGCAACGACAGAAAAAAUGGCAAGCAAGGAGCAGACGGUCGGGAAAAUCGAGCUGAAGAGAGAGCUGGGGCUCUUCAGCGCGAUCAGCAUCAUUGUGGCGGUGAUGAUAGGUUCCGGCAUUUUCGUGUCACCAACCAGCGCUUUCGAGCGAUCAGGCUCUGUGGGAUUUUGCUUGGUCGUUUGGAUUAGCUGCGGCGUGCUGUCCCUGUUGGGCGCGUUGGCCUUCGCCGAGUUGAGUACCGUGGUACCACGUUCCGGUGCCGAGUAUGCAUACUUCAUGGAUGCCUUCGGACCAUUGCACCCUUACGCCGGUCAGAUACCGGCGUUCAUCUGCUCCUGGAUCUACGUGAUGCUGCUACGGCCGGCGGAGGUGGCGGUGAUCACAUUGACUUUCGCGGAGUACAGCACGCAGCCGUUUUCCGGAUACCUUUGCGGUCUAUCCGACGACUCCGUGGCAAUGCUGAAGAAGCUCAUAGCGGUCUUGGCAUUGGGCUUGAUAACGUACAUCAAUCUCGUCAGCGUCAAAGUCUACGUAAAAGUGCAAAACGUGUUCACUGUGUGCAAGAUAGUUGCCUGUAUGGUGGUGAUCUGCGGCGGGAUAUGGUGGCUGGGCACAGGCCACAUGGAACUGCUCAAAGAUCCUUUUCGCGGCACCACCACGUCGGCCGGCAAUAUUGCCCUGGCCUUUUACAGUGGUCUCUGGGCGUACGACGGAUGGACCUCGGCCGCGAUCGUUACCGAAGAGAUCCAGAGACCCGAGGUCAAUAUCUUCCGGAGCACGCUCAUCGCGGUGCCGAUCGUCACCGUUCUAUACGUAACCAUGAACUUGAUGUAUAUGUCAGCGUUGACGAUGUCGGAGAUGAAAAGCGCGCCGGCGGUGGCGGUUCUCUGGGCGGAUCGAGUUCUGCCGCCUUGGAUGGGCUUCGCGAUACCGCUCGGCGUAGCGUUGUCGACCUUCGGAUGCGCCCUUAGCAUUCAAUUCAGCGUGGCCAGACUGUGCUUCGUCACCGGCAGGGAAGGCCAUGUGCCACGAGUCCUCAGUUACGUGCACAUCGAGAAGAUGACACCGGCCGCGGCAGUGAUUUUUCAGUGUAUACUCGCGCUGGCUCUCAUGUUACUGGGCAACAUAAUCGCCCUGAUCGAGUUCGCCAGUUUUCUCAUGUGGGUGUUUUACGGAAUGGCGAUGAUAUCGCUCAUAAUUAUGCGACGGACCAGACCGGAUGCUCCCAGACCGUACACCGUACCUAUCGUGAUACCGUGGCUGAUAUUGUGCGUUUCAAUCUUCCUUGCGGUGCUUCCGAUAAUUUACGAACCAUCGAUAAAAUAUCUUUUCGCGCUCGCAUUCAUCUUGUGUGGUAUUGCCGUGUAUCAUGUAUUUGUGUACAAGAAGAUAAGGAAUACUUUAUCAGACAAGUUGACAUACUUGGUUCAAGCGUUAUGUCUAAUUGUCGCUCCAGAUGAAAAGGAAGACUGACCAAAUACUUUUGAAUCUACCAUUGUUGUAUAUAUAAAUACAUUAUAUAUAUAAAUAUAUAUAUAUAUAUGUGUAUGUAUGUAUACGUAAUAAUUGCUCAUAUAAUGCAUUCACUCCUCUUUGUGUUACGUAUAUGCAUUUCGUUACAUACGCAUUCACAGAAAAACGGCAUUAUUUUAUACUAUAUAUUUUUUAUUAUUAAAAUAAAUUGUAAAUUCAAUUCUUAAUAAGCAUAAAACGAAUCAACAAUAUGUGCCUUAUAGUAUAUAAAGUGAUUGAAGAAUUUCUGUGUACAGAUUUAUAUAUAUUAUUUUAUCUUUUAAGAGCGUAACUGAAGUAUUGUAUAUAGAAAAUAUCAAGAUGUGUAUAUAAGAGUAAUACAACACAUAAACAGGAAAAAUAAUAGUUUGUAUAUUGUAGUAGUCCGAUAUUACAAUAUUUUACCAUUUUAAAUAAAUUACUUUCUUGAUA